UUUGCCAGUGUUAGUGAAGCCGGCAGAGCAGCAGCAAGCAGCAGUGCGCACGACCGGUGCAGCAGCUCUCGCACUUGCAUACUAUCGACCACGAGGGCAGCCCCGAGCAAGCGAGCGAGCACACAGACUUUUAUGAACCUGCGCCAUCGAGGUUGUGAUGCCCGCUUCUGCUAGUCUGUUCCACGAGAUGGACCGGAACACCGGCGACCACGGUCUCGAGGACCAGAGAGCCCUGCAGCUUGCCUUCGAGCUCUCCAUGCUCGGGUUCAGCUCGCCGCAUUCGGCGGUCGAACCGGCCGACCCGAUGAACCCGUCGUACGCCGACGACCAGCGCAACAAGAAGAGCCAGAACAUGACAGAGUGUGUGCCCGUGCCCAGCAGCGAGCACGUUGCCGAAAUCGUCGGAAGACAAGGGUGCAAGAUCAAGGCGCUGCGUGCCAAGACCAACACGUACAUCAAGACGCCGGUGCGCGGCGAGGAGCCCGUGUUCGUGGUGACGGGCCGCAAGGAGGACGUGACGAAGGCGAAGCGCGAGAUCCUGUCGGCGGCCGAGCACUUUUCGCAGAUCCGCGCGAGCCGCAAGUCGAGCACGCUGGCCAACCUGACGGCGUCGGCGGCCGGCCUGGCGGCGGCGCCCAACAGCAUGCCCGGCCACGUGACGAUCCAGGUGCGCGUGCCGUACCGCGUGGUGGGCCUGGUGGUGGGGCCCAAGGGGGCCACGAUCAAGCGCAUCCAGCACCAGACGCACACGUACAUCGUGACGCCGUCGCGCGACAAGGACCCCGUGUUCGAGGUGACCGGCCUGCCCGAGAGCGUGGAGGCGGCGAGACGCGAGAUCGAAGCGCACAUCGCCAUGCGCACCGGCGCCGGCGGCGGCCUGCACGACGGCUCGGACGGCGGCCCCGCGUCGGCGCAGCCGCCGCUCGACGAUGACAUGAUGAACACCAUCCUGAAGAACGGACUGAACGCGCUGUCGACGUGCUUCGCCGACGUCGCGCCGUCGGUGCACUCUUCGUCGGCAACGGUGCUGCAGCCGCCGCCGGCCUACUUCCGGCCCGAGGUGGCGCCGUUCUCGUCGUGCUCGAGCUCAAGUUCGACCUCAUCGACGUCGCGCCUCGCCGAGCUCACCGGCUCCAUGUGGAGCGGCAGCCACGACGAGGGCCUCGGCGAGUCGCCUUCGCUCGACAGCGCCGUCUCCAUCUGGAGCGACGUCAAGCUGCCGUCGCUGAUGAGCGGCACCUCUGCCGCCGCCGCCGCCCUCAACGGCAUCUCGACAGCUCUCAACGGCGGCGGCGCCGUCCAGGGGCUGCUCGGACGCGUGUCCUCGUCGGAGCCGCUGGCGCUGUCCGCCUCGCCCACCGACUCGAUCGGCUCGCUGUCGUCGGGCGGCGCCGGUGGGCGUCGCGACUGCGUCGUCUGCGGCGACAAGGAGGUCGCGGCCGCGCUCGUGCCCUGCGGCCACAACCUCUUCUGCUUCGACUGCGCCGAGCAGGCCAGGGAUUGUCCCCAGUGCCACCAUCCGGUAAUGCAGGCCAUCCGCAUCUUCUCCUAAGCCCCUCUCUCACCCGCACACCCUCGCCUCACCCCCGCAGACUCUCACCAACACACACACACACACACACAACGAAGCAAGCAACCCCGGACGACCGACCGACCGACCGCCCAUUCAAGCCCUUCUACUCUCUCGUUCGUCGGUGAAGCAAGAUGAUGAUUUUUUACAAUACGCUUUUUAAUUGAGGAUUUAUACAUAUAUUUGAUUCUAUUAUCUUUGCUACGAUUAUUAAUUCUAUAUAUCUGAUUAAUAUUAUGAAAAUGUAGCUAGCGAUAAGUUCUCAUGUAAGUUGGCAGGAUGCACUUCUCUAUUUUGCACACGGACCAGACGAACAAACUGAAUUCGAGAAUUUUUUUCAAUAUAAAACGUACAGAGAACCCCGCCAUCUGGUGUGUUUGUUUUUUUACGUUAUUCGCUGCCUGUUGUUUAUAUUGAUGCGUUGAAGAGUGCACAUAAUUGUGUCUGGCUAUAAAGACUGUGCCGUCAGCGGGGGUGCGAGCCACCCCCGGUCGAGACGCAGCCCUCGGCCGGCCGGACGGACGGACACACUCGCUAGUAAGUGAUGCCCCUGUUCUCCCGUACGAAUACACAUAAUUAUACAACAUAUUAUAUUAUAUACAUAAAAAUAUAACUCUCCUCCGUACGUAGCUGACCUGAAAUGAGACACACACACCCCUCACCCCCACACAACACACACUCACACCCUGCGAUGUAAGACUUUAGAGAGCAGUAUUAUCAGCAACAAGAAACAACAAUUGAUCGGUUAACAAAUUUUACGAGCAUCCGAUUGUUAUCUCACCGAAGAGUAAAUGAUAGCGAAACUCAACAAUGUGUACAUAUUUUCAUUGACUCUUAUUGAUUGAUUCUCUCGAUAUUUUAAAAGCGUAUAUCUAUCUAUAUUAGAGCGGAAAUACUAUUAAAUUUGAAAUUCGACCAGUUUGCGCGCGCCACUCCUAUCUCGAUCUGUACUCUAUAUCUCUAUUUACUAAGCUCUAUCUGAAAAAAAUAAUAUCUGCCGACUCGGCCGAGCCCCCGCCCCGCGAAUUCCGUAGUCAAAGACAAAAAAAAAAGAGAAAGUAAUUAUUAUCAAAUUAUCCGGAAGACAUUUGAACGAACCAAACUAUAGAACGCAGCAUUCAGGGCUGUGAUUCCACGUAACUGCCAUUUGGGGGGCUACACAAUACACAACUUUGGUUCUCCAAGCUGGACGAGAGUGCAAGAUAUAGUAAAAAUGAGCGAUUCCCCAUAUUUUUGCUUACCGAUAGUGUAAACAUAUAUAUGCGUGCAUGUGCAACCAAAUAAUGCGCGGACACAUAGACGAUAGCAGAAACAAAGCAAAAUAAAGGCGAACAAUAUAUUUUGGCGCAUGAAAAACUCGGCGGAAAACCCACUCUUGUCAGACACACACACUCUCUCUCUCUCACACACACACACACACACAAAACAGACGGAUGAUACGACGACGACGACUCUGAAAAAAUAAAUUAUUGCAUAUAUCUAUAUUAUACAUGAUAGAGAGUAAUAAAAAUAAUUGCAGGGAUAUAGCUAACGAUGAUGAGAAGGGGACAAAAGCAAGCAAGCGCGAGACCCCGGUGACAAACACAGACUCUCUCUUGUAUAUCUACACUCUCAUACGGAUUCUGCAGUGAAAAUAAUUAAAUACGCCAUUCCUCUCGUUAUUUAUGAUACAACAUUAGCAUAACUUAAGGCAAAUUAAAACAUAUCCCUUGUUAGCUAGGCGCAAAAAAGGUAAAUUAAGGCGGUGGUGAAAGAAAGAAAAGAUUGACGAUGAUUUGUUACAUUUGUGAAUUUAUGCUGAUGAAAUUGAAUGACCUAAAAAGAGAUACAAGUUUAUCUAUCAACUAUUUAUUCUGUUUUUGUGAUAUAUAAAUUUACGUAGCCGUAAGAGAGCAUUGAUUGACGCGCAGAUUUGAUGAUUAUUUUGAUAGUUGCCCUGCUCUGAUUGUUCGUUCGUUCGUUCGUUCGCACGAUUUCUCGCGAGUUUGCUUCGUUUAUUUGCCUAUGUUAUAAUUAGUUAAGACCUAAUUUAUAUAAAAAUAUUUAUAUAUAUAGAUACAUAUAUAUAACGAUCGAAGAAAGAGAGAAUACCAAAUACAGUCAGCUAAUUUAUUAAUUUAUUUUUUGUGUCAUUCUUAGUAUUUUUCUAAUAUCUAUAAAUUUAGAGUCAUCACAUUGACGCAGAAAUCACACACACUCACUCACUCACUCACACACUAUGUAAAUUGACACACCCUUACACACAGACAUUUCUCCAUCUCACGUACACACACACACACACACUCAAGAACAAAAGACACUUUUGCUGAAUAGAGCAAAACGGAAACCCGAAACUCAAAAUGUGCAAAGAACAGCAUGGCCGCCUGGAGGCCCGUGUCUCCUUAAACGCGCCUCCCCUGAGAUGACAGACAGUGUUUACUAUAUGUAUUUUGCGACUUCUAUUUACAUGGAAAAGUGGAGAAAAGCAUGAUGAAAAAAUAGCAUAAAUUAUACACGGAUAAUAUAUGCCGCUGCCGUAUUGUUCGUUUUUUUUCAUUAUUGUUUGUGUUCAUGAUCAUUGUUAUUGCUCAAUGAGGAUUAUUCGGUGCAACAAACUUGCAAUAAGAUAGAAACUAACCGUUAAUACUCCUCGAAUCUCAUAGGAUUGUAAUGGAAAAGCUGCUUUUUGUCUCUCUCGUAGUAAGUGUCCGACGAUGGGAAAAAAAUCAAUAAAAUGUGUACCGGACAAACGGACGCGCAGCAGCAGCAGACGAAACCAAUAAAUUUAUACUUUGACCGUUCGGAGAAUUUCUAAAAGCGAAUGAGCAAACGAGAUGGAUCGAAGCAUAAAAAAGAUAAAAUAUGUCAUUUUAGUGUGUGCCACAGCGGCUAAUCAAGCUGACUCUCAAUUCGGCUAGCCGCAUCGUGCCUAUUUCUCGUCGAGCAGAAUAUUUUAUUACUUUUGUGUGCUAAUAUAAAUGACGAAACUCAAAAGUAAUAAGGAUAAAAAAGCAACCCUUUAUAUUUUUUUCUAUGAUAAUGAUGAUAAAAAUGUAUUUUUUAUUUUUUACACAUUGAAGAUCUACAUAAUAAAGGUAUUCUAUAAUUAAGGUAUGCAUAUGCAUAUAUAUGUGUGUUUUUCCAACAACUGAUUGUGUAUGAUGAAAGAAGAAACAAUUAAAACAACCAAAAUAAUAUAUAUGGUAUUUGCGCAGUUUUUUAACGAGCGGAAACAUGUAUGAACAUGCGAUGUCUCCCACCUUAAGUUUGCACAAUAUUUAUAUAUGAAGAGUGAAACAAACAUUACACGUAAAUAAUUUAAAUACGAGAUUUUAAAAGUGACAAACAACCUAGAGUUGAAGUAAGUUUUUCUAUUUUAAAAUAUGAUACAUAUUUAUGCAAUAGCCCGGCCGGGGGGGCGGCUGCCCGACCGCCCCCGCGCCGACUCGUAUAUGAAAGUGAAGAUCUAGUAUAAUUAUCAGAUGAUUGUAGUUCUUUAUUAAUGGCAAAAUAAAUAAAUAAAUGAAAAAGAGAAAUAAAAACACUUGUAAAUCGUAAGUCUGUUAUUUUUUAAUGUUCUCUCUCUCUCUCAAUCUCACUCUAUAUCUUGAAUUUACCAUACGAAAGCUAAUUAAUUAAUUAUGGAAUAAUCUGUCACAUGUGACACGUACGUAGCCAGCCUCUCUCUCGCUGCUCGAGUAAAAUCCACUUUGUAUGCGUGUGUGUAUAUAUACAUAAUAAAAUAAUAAAACGAGCCACUCUUUAUUACAAGUAAAAAUUAACAAAUAACGCUGAGGCAGAAGCAAAAGCAGCUCACGCAUCUCCUUGUGUAUCAUCUUGGGUGCAUUGAAUUCUUAUCAGAAAGCUCCGGAGCGAAUGGUAGUGAGGAAAUUUGAGUUUCUCGAGGCCUAAACGCAGAGCAGCAAGCAAUUCAUUCCCGCGGGAGGUGCCUGGUUCGCCUUCCCGCAUUUCCUCGGGCGGCGGGUGCAGUUUUUCAAAAAAAAUCACCCGCCGGCCCGGCCGCGCUUUUUCCUUUGUCGCAAAUUCGUCUCACCGUACUCCGAUAACACGAUCCGAGAGCUUCGUUAUUAAAUUUGUGGUGUAGCGCGAAAUGUUUGAUUGAAUUGAACGCCGGUAAUGAAAUUGCCGCCGCGUGGUGCCCGCCCGGCCGGGGCGCGAUUGGCCCGGCCGCACUCCCGGUCUAGAUGUUAAAAUCUCAACUUUCCUGCUUUUGCCGAUCGCCAAACGAACCAAGUCUGCCAACCAAACAGGCCUAAUGGGAGUCGGCCGGCCGGCCAAUUUGCCACCUGGCACGCGCACCCCCCGGUUUUUCGACCACCCACCCUCCCACCCGCUUUGUAAAAGAAAAAUUGCGUAUAGUGCUUGAUUGAGGAAAAAUAUCGCUGCUAAUCUCUCACUCGCAUACACAUAGCAAUACAAUCACGCAUAAUAUGAUCAAAUAAUUAUCAAAUAAAAAGAGAAGAAAAAUUAAAUUUAAAUGAAUUUAAGAUUAUAACGAGAAAAGCAGACGUACGCGUAGUUGAUAUAUCUAAUAAGAGAAAACGCGCUCGUGGACACUUUGAACUCUGGCGGCCGUAAAAUACGCGCGCGCUCGCGAGCUUCUAUUCAAUGAAGGGUUUGAAGUGCUUGAACGCCAUGAGACGCAAAUACACACACAUGUUAUAUAUAAAUAUAUAUUAUACACACACACACACACUCACGAAAGUAGAUGAUGAUUUUUUCACUGAAAAUGCAGGUAUCCAAAACAUGUAAUUGUAAGUGAUGAAAAACUCUUAGACGACGCGAGUCCCAAUUUCCAGACAUAUGCAAAUUAUAAAGACUUAAAACACUCACACGCAAGAUACGCAAGCGCAAAAUCGACUUGUUCAAUGCUGUUAAUUUUUCCGAGCAAAUGACUUUUCAAUUGGGCAUUUCUUUUUCCUUUUUUAUUUUUCCCCCACCGCAAAUUGUGCUAUACGUGUGUACGUGUACUACAUUCCCUUUGGAAAUCUGCCGCGAAUUUUUGUGUCUAAUUUAUGUAAGAAAAGGAGGGUUGAAAAUGCGAAGCAAAAACACACACGAUGUGCACCUCAAAAGUAUUUUUCUCGACACACACACACACACUCUACUCGAAAUCUCGAUUCCCCGUGUUUGUUGUUUGAUGAAUUUACGACACUACUACUACUACGAAAUGUAACAAUAUUGAAAGAAUUGUAGACGUUUUUAAUAUCGAUUCAUAUAUUUUCUCAUAAUUUUUCUAUAACUCUAGCUGUAAUUCGUGUAAAUUCGUUGUUUGCAAUUGAAGGCAGUGGCAGAAGUUGUCGGAAGCGAAGGGUCGGAGCAUUUGAACUCUAUACGAAAUUUUCCUGUCCUCCAAAAUAAAACGAAAUCCAAUCGAAAGACUUGAAUGAAAAUGAGAGUAAUAAUUAAUUUUUGCAAUUUGAUAAAAACUAACCUGCUGACGAAGGCUGCGAAAUCGGAACAAAUUUAAAUAUAAAACGUACGUACUUGCUCUGAAAGCAGUACGAAACUCCAAAAUCUGUGUGUGCGAAGAAGACAGAGAAAUCGUAAAAUUGCUCCAGUCAUUUUGAGGAUAAUUUUUGUGUUGCAUGUUUGAAUGUUUAGUAGCGUAUUCGAUUGUGAUAAGACCGAAAAAAAAAUAUAAAAACAGACCCACACGCAGACACACACACACACAUACCUAAUUAAGUAAUUUAUUAAUUACGAACCAGUCUACUUGCUCAACGCCAUACCUCCCAAGAACCUAUAUUUUAACAUUUGUUACGUGUCCUGCCAAGUGAUAUAUCUCCCGCUUUGUAUUUGAGAAAAGAAGAAAGGAAACAAACACGGAUCAAUUGCACAAGCGGUACGCGCAAGAUACUCAAUUAAAUAUGAACGCUAAAAAAUAAACGGUUUGUGUGGACCCCGUUUGCGGUUACUCCCAAAACGAUGCCUACUUUAAUGCAAUAAAGAGACAUCUUUUGCAAAACCGAGAAUACUCCCCCCCCACCCCUUUGAACACUCACUCACUUGCACCCCCGAUUGCUUGUCACACAGUCGCACGGUGCGGCGCGGUGCGUCACUCUUUUUAUCCAGUCCAUUCGUGUUUGCGUUGGAUAAAACAUUAAAAUGGCUCAAAAAUGUGAUUGUGUCACCGCCGCACCCCCUUCACGGUCACCGACCUCCCGCAGACCCCCGGAAAUUGCGUUCAGCGAUUCGAUGAAGCGAGCCAAAAGGCGCAGGGGUCCGAAAUAAAAACGAUACUAAAAGCCAGAAACUAAAGGCAACCCUUUUUUCGGCCUGCUAAGACAGAACGAAAACCAGAAAGUGCCAAUAUUUGCGCCCCCAAAACCACACACUGACUCACAAUGCUUGUACUCUACACACACACACACACACACACACAUACACACACCGACGUAGCGAUAAGCUAAGCGUAAGCAGAGUAAGGCCCGGUGCCUUUGAACGCGUUCAUCGAAUUUGCAUCAAAAGCAGCCCGGCCCCCCCAACUAAAUGUAUAUCUCCCGGCAGAGCUUUUACUUUUGAUAACAAGAGGUACUUUCGACUGCGCUGCAUCGAAAUUUUCUAUCAAACAACCAGAGAAACUCGAAAACGAGGGCAGCAUUAUUUAAUUGCGUAUCUGAGUGCAAGAGUCAAGUGGAAAACGAAUGCGUUCCAUUUCUAUUUAUUAGCAGCAGCAGCAGUUUUAAAUAAUGUGUGUGUUUACACGUAUAAAUUUUUGAGUGUGAUUGUGCGUACGAUAAUCUCAACCCUGCUGCAUGUGUAUUUAUCUACAUCGUGCGGGAAAAGAUUGAAAUUAAAUUAAAUUGAAAAAGAAAGUAAAAAAACAAUUGGAGACUCGAUGAGGCAAAUUCGAAAAGUGGGCUCAUGCUUGAAAUUUGUUGAUGAUUUGUUCAUUUAAAUUUGUUGACACUUGCGUUGCAAAACCGACUAAAGGAACAACCGAAAAUGCUAAGCAAGUAUCCAGGAGACGGCACUUAAAAUGAAAAAAAACAAUGUGAAGCGGAAAAGCAAAGCACACGAUACAAAAGUUAUUUGGAUGACAAUGAGUGUUACCUCAUAGCACUGCCAUACGUUUAUGUACAUUUAAAAAUAGACACAGAAAGAGAGUACUAAUUAUUUAAUUUAAGCUCUAAGUGAACACAGUGAAAGGAGUUUUUAAACCUACUCGGCAACACACACACACACACGACUUGUUUGUACAUGCGAAGAGAAAAAUAAAAGUGAAUGAAAACAGCGCCUGCUUCGGAUGAUUUUUGCUCAGCACCCGUUUGCGAUCCAUUCGAUUCGUUUUGUUGUGAAUAAUCGCUGCGCGCGGCCUCUGCGAUUAUGAAUUGAAUUGAAAAUUCGUUUGCAUUGUUUAUCAAGUGUAUACAUUCAAGCGGCUUACGUUGCUCGUGCAAAAGUGUUUUUUAUAAUAUACAUAUAUAAUUAUAUUUUGUAAAACGGAUAUGUGUUGUCGCCACACGUGCGCGUGCGCUCGUCGCUUUUUUCAAUUGAUGUGGAUUUUUUAGCAGAUGCUCAUCGAAGACGAAAUGGAACGUGAAAAUCCGCUCUCUGACAGUGAGCAUCGAACAAAAUAAGAGAAUUUUGGAGUCUAAUUACAGACUGAGAGUUUUUUCAUGUUUGUCCACUGAUUGUAUAAUGAGAAAAAUUAUAAAUUGUAAGGCAGAGGAGCAAUGAUUAUGAGAUUAUUGUCAAUAUUCUUUCAUAUAAUAAAACAGUUCAAAAUAUACUCAGCAUAA